AUGAUUGGAGCUCUCCAAAAAGAUUCGAAGGUCCUACUCGAGAUCACUGAAGACUUCGUGCCAAAAACAUCAAACCUUCAGCUGGUGUCAUUCUUCGAGAUGAAGAUGACGAAUUUGGGCUUCUUCAAGACGAUGGUCGUUGAGCAAGGCUCGGCCAUUCUGAAUGUCCCUAAUGAGGUGGUCAUCGGCCAGAAUGCCGACCAUCGCGAAAUUGCCCGCUUUGUUUCCUUGGAUGACCGCAAUCUUCGUCCAAUCUUGUCAAGACUGAAUAUAUUCCGGCAAGAUAUUUCCAAUCAGUUACAGUCCAUGGCAAGUGGUCAAUCCACAAUUGAGCGGUUGGAUACCAAAGCCACGUAUGCCAUUUUUGAGACUCCAUUCCCUCCUUGUGAUACUUUUCAGGGACGAGAGACGCUACUCGGUAAAAUGGAGGCCUUCUUUUACACGUCAUCAACGCCAAAGUCAAGUCAGCUAACUUUUGCUAUCUGCGGACUCGGGGGUUCGGGUAAGACGCAAGCGGCACUGAAAUUUGCAACUCGCAAUCGUGAGAAAUAUCAGUCAGGAGUGUUCUUCCUAACAGCAAGUUCUGAACCGUCUUUGAUCGCCAAUCUUUCCCGGAUUUGUGAGUCUUUGCAGCUAGGGAACGUCUCGAACAAGGCGUCUGCAUUCAAACAAUGGCUGUCUCGGGUAGAGAAUACUGACUGGCUGUUGAUCUUUGACAAUGCUGACGAUCUUGAAUCUGUGCGAAUCUCGAAUUACUUUCCCGAAACCUCAUGGGGUCACAUAGUCCUUACCAGCCGGGAUCAGGGUGCAAUUGGCACUGUGGCAAAAGAUGGAAUUGUGUUGGGUCGGCUUGAAGUGGGGGAAGCAACAGCAGUCCUUCUCCAAAAAGCUGGUUGUCUCUGUCCGUCUGCAGAAGACUACGAGGAAGCAAAAGUGAUAGUGGAGCUUCUAGGUUGCCUUCCACUGGCUGUGGAUCAAGGAGGUGCAUACAUCAGAUCUCGGCGCAGGACUUUAACAAGCUAUCGUCGCUUGUACAAAGAUCGCCAGAAUGAUCUAUUACGAUUCAAGCCUAGGUUGGGAGAGUACAACAAUACAGUGUUCACCACUUGGGACAUCAAUUUUGAACAAGUCGAACGCGAUUCGAAGGAAGCAUCCAUUCUGCUCCUGCUCUUCUGCUUCCUUGACGCGUCAAACAUAUCUGAGACGAUGCUUGAUCGUGCGUGCUCGCCUCAAAAGCGGUGGAACCGAAUAGGUGAAAUGUCAGAGCUUGCGCCGAUAGAUGCCGGCCUGAACAGCGGUCUUGUCGCACUAAUCAAAGACGAGGUAGCAUUCGAUGAUGCGAUCGAGAAGCUCCUCUCGUUCUCUUUGAUCCACCUAGACAACGAUGUUAAUGGCUCGAGGAAUUUCUCAGUUCACCCGCUUGUACAAUACUGUGCAUCGCAGCGUGUUCCAUCCAGGCUUCAGGACGAGUGGAGAUUACAGGCGAUAUUGGUUGUCUGCCAUGCGUUCCCUCGGAACAAGUAUCUUGAGCCUCUCUAUGGACAUCUUGGAAGAUUGCAACUCCCCCACGUCAUUCGAAUACUGAAGGAGUAUGACCAGCUUUCUGAGGCGGAUGCCUGCCCGGCGCCUGCCAAAUACGAAAUUUCGUCAAUGUUGCUAGCCGCUUCUCGAUUCUCGAGCACAUCGUGGAAGCGAGAGGCAAUUGACCGUGUCAAGCAGCUCUCGCAAGACGAAAACGAUGCCUCUCUUAACGUCUGCUUAGCACAGCGAGAGAGCUCCCUACUACGUAUGCUUGGGGGACGAGCAUCAUCUAACAAAACGCUUGAGGAAUUCAUCCACUCAAUUAUUCUUCCUGGCUAUGACCAAUCGUUGGAGGGUGAUGCAAGGUGGAAUGCUCAGAGAGGAGAGCUAGUUCUUUCAUUCGCGGAAAAUCUUAUACAAAGCGGUGCGUUCACGGCCGCCAGACAUGAGCUGCUCCAAUGGAAACCUAUCAACCCAGGGUCGCCAUCGUCUAUGGAACGGAUAGUGUUGCGUGGCAGGAAUAUUACGUUGGGGAAAAUCCUCAAAUUCCAAGGCCAAUUUCAAGAAGCACUUGACUUUCUUAACACUGUUCUCCAGGAGAGCGAGAUCGACAGUUUUUAUGAGGGCACUGGCUGGCGACGAGUACUCCUUUCCAACAUUGGCGACCUCUACUGUGAGCUCCGACGACCUGCAGAUGCCCAGUUCCUCCUGGAACCGGAGCUGAAGCAAAUGAUCGACUCGGGAUCUCAAAACAUAAGUAGUGGACGACGGCUACAGCUAACGUUAGCGGAAAGCUUCAUUCGGGGUGGUAUGUAUGAGAAGGCCGAGGAAGUUUUAUCGAACCUCGGAAAGCUCUACGGAACGAUCCCCGAUCCUGACGCGCUCGCUAAAAGGGGCAUGUUCCGUGUCUGGGCUAGCUUAGCGCGAAUCGCCCAUGUCGGAUGCUACUGGGAUGAAGCUCUCCUCAACUGGAACAAGGCCAGUAGUGCUUUGCAGAGCCUCGGCAAGCAAGACAAUUCUCAUUCUGGGCUUGUGCUAUACGCUACUGCUCAUGCCCUCUCUAAACUUGGGAAGAAACGAGAGAGCUCGGACAAUUUUGGAAAAGCAAAGGAUCUCCUGAACAGUGAUGAACACACGAGCACUGUCUCGGUCAAGGACGAAGACGACUGUUUUUUGCCAUCUAGGAAGAUCGCUUCGUUCGUCUUCAUUAACGCGAGAAAUACGAGGAUAUCCGCUCAAAAACUGAUUCUGCAUUCUGCGCUUGCUAAGACACGGCAAGAUGGAAGGAAGCCGAAAGAGUAG